UCGCUCUUCUCAGCUUUCAGAGGACCAGCUCGGCAGCACCUCCCCCGCAAAGAUGGCAUUCCUCAAGGUCGCUCUCGCCCUGACUGUCCUGGCAGCCGUCGCCCUGGCCAUGCCAGGGGGCCACCACGCCGAGUCCUACGCCAGCUUCAACCUCCUGGACACCGGCUACCACGGCGGCGGCUCCGAGGGUGGCCACCACGAGGAGUACCACCACUCGCACCCCAAGUACGAGUUCAAGUACGGCGUGGAGGACCACCACACCGGCGACCACAAGGACGCCAAGGAGGAGCGCGACGGCGACGUGGUGAAGGGCGAGUACUCCCUGCUGCAGCCCGACGGCAGGAAGCGCAUUGUGCACUACACCGCCAGCAAGCACGGCGGCUUCAACGCCAUCGUGUCCUACAGCGGCCACGCCAUCCACCCCGAGGUGCACCACAGCCACCACGAGGGCGGCUACUGAGCGGCGCGGCGGUGCGCAACCACUCCAAAGACUACCUCAUCCACUCAUCUUCAUCGAUUAUCCUCCAUCACUCGCUCCCCCAAUCAUGUCGUCACCUUUGUAUAUAAGCCAUCGAAUAAACCUG